UGGCCCAAUAGUAUACAUUUUGUAUAAACGAUUACUUUAUAAGACAGACAUUGACGUGUUGGUCAUGGAAACAUACAAUCAAUGAAAACUAUUUCACUGAACUAUAUAUGACAAUUUGCUUAAAGAAAAUCCGGUUCAAUAAAGAGAUAUAUUUAUAGCACGGCAAGUGGGCGGAGAGGAAAAUGGUGGGCGGGUCUUUGUAUGGCUCGCUACAGCCCUCUGAGCAACCCUCCAAACCUCAAUUCAGUUUUAAGAGUCGAACAAUUCGUACUAUGUCGACUGCGGAGUGUCUCUUUAGUAAAAAAACCGUGAAAUAUGUAUAAAAAAUGAAAGUGUUAUUUAGUCAUGCAAUAUGGAUAAUGCUAAUUUAAAUGUGUGUCAUUUAGAAAAUUCCAUAAUGCCUAUGAACAUAGAUCAGUCUCCAAAUUCUGGCCACAAUUCGGACAUGUUCCUUUAUGAUGAUUCUUCAAUGUCUGAUGGCAGUUUAUACGCUAGUGACCAAGAAAAUCAUUCAAUUCCACGAAAACGGUCAGAAUGUAGACGGCUGCAUAAACGGCGAAGCCGGUGCCCGCAACAACAAAUUCAACAACGGCAAGCAGCUAAUCUGCGAGAACGGCGACGUAUGCAAUCAAUCAAUGAUGCCUUUGAAGGGCUCCGGGCACAUAUACCAACGCUACCUUACGAAAAACGAUUGUCUAAAGUAGACACACUGAAGCUCGCUAUCGGCUACAUAAGCUUUCUUGGAGAAUUGGUUCGUACUGAUAGAAAUGCAUCGGAUAACAUGCUGUCAGGUGUUGGGAACGGCCUGAACAGAGAGGAACAGAAGAAAGUUAUUGUGAGAGGCAGUAAUUUCCAGUCGCAUUCUCUAUCGUGGUCACGACGGGGUGACAGGCCCCCAGGCACAACUUUGCACGCCAAAAUCUGGGUUCCGGAGGAUCCAAGAGUAUUCAAUAGCACAGUUGACCUCCUUGACAAAGAAGAGCUUAGAUAAUUUGAAAAAAAUGACAUCCGACACUUACAUCUAAAGAUUCUCUUACUAAUGAUUACGGAAAUGAUUUAUUUUAAUAUAGCAUAAGCAUAGGUAGGUAAUGUUUAUGCUAAAUUGUUAUGGUAUCUUUUUAUUACUGGCGGUAGUGUUCCGUUUUAAAUUAUUUUACAAAUUUAUCGUAAGUUGUCACUUUUAAAGCCAAAAAUUUAAAAAUUAGAAUGACAGUUUUUUAAUAGCCAUGAUGAAUAAUGUAAAUAAAUCCUAUAGUAUUGUAAAUUAUUCUAUGAUAAAUAAUUAUCUAGUCGCUGUAGAUAUUUUAUCGUACGUUAAACUCUCUCUCUAUAUACCAAAGAAAGUAACAAAUUCUAGUUAUCUUAAACUUUUUGUAAGAUAAGCAGUAUAAUAUAUGUUCCUAUAAUUUUAAAAUUAAUUUAUUUGUUAAAGUUAGUUCGUAGCUACAUACGAAACGCAAUGGAUAAACGAGUAGGUACAUUUUUAAUGGAAAUAACGCAAGUAUAGGAAGGGUAGAGGCGGUGGGGGGGAUCCCUUCUUCAGGUGUUUACGUUCCCAGAGGGGAACUGAUUGCCUAGAAAUUGCGAAUAUUUUAGGCAUCACAGUUUAAUAUUAUCGAAAUACUGUUAGGUUACAGCCUCUGAUCAAUUAAAGCCUUUUUAAGAUACCGCUGUUAUUAUAUUCUUUGUGAGAUACCACUUUCGUGAAGCCCAUAGCUUGUGACCUGACGCAACCACAUUUAUUUCGCCUUGGCUAGUAUAGAUAUAUCCUUAAACCCUAACUAAUUUAGAUACACUUAGUUAUACUGUUCCUAUUUCAUCUUAUACUAGAAUUGUGUACAUACUUGUAUUGAAGGAAAAAAUUGUUAUUUUGGAGUUUCAUAAAAGUCCUAGAACGUCAUUAUUCAAUCUUAAACAACUUAUACUCCUUUACAUCUUUGAGAAUUUGCUCUAUAAAUCGCAAUACACUCUCUUUAAUCUUUAUAGAGCAUUAUUGCCUUAUCCAAACCUUUGCGAUAAAAUUGCGUGUAAAUAAUUACAUAUUUAAUCAUCCGUCAAAUACUCUUUCAAACUAAAAAAAUGCAAACCGCACCUGUACAGGGCAUACUCGAUAAUUUAUUCUCAUUGUUUGUAAAAGUUUUGGAAUAUCAACGAUUACAUCGGAUAUCAAUUAUA